UCACCAUGUUCAAAUUAAGCCACCUCGCGGUUCUGUUGACAAUAGCUGUCACCGUAUACUCGGACGACAUUAACCCAUAUAGGGAUUGCGGCUAUCACGAUGUGACCAACGUAGAAAUAGUAGGCUGUCCCCGAGCGGCCACACGAUGCACCUUAGAUCGUGGCGGUGAAAAAAUCUUAAAUAUAACUUAUGAUUCGGUCAGCCCUAACGUCACGUACGACAUGGAGGCGCCGUGCGAUAGGGGCUCCGUAAUAGACCACCUCUCAUAUCACGGGACCCUCCCGGCGCCGGUCACCUGUACCGGGGUUAUCGUCUCAAAGGAUGACGACACCUACAACGCCACGUUCGCCGACGGGCACCAGGAGCUCAUCCCACUGACCGAUUUGACACAAAUUUUCAUUUACAUCAAUGGGAAUCAAUUUUUCCCGGUUUGCGGGACUGUGUCGGGUGGUCAGUGCGCGGGCGACUUAUUUUGGGGGAAUGGUAUCCUUAUAGCUGAUACCCAGACCGGGUGUCGCAGUGAGACAGGUGUCGAGGAGUUGAAGGUGUUGUUUAGCGACCUGGAGUUUAUUGGCAAGUGUUCAUCCAGGUGCAAUAGCGCCGGUACCACGUUUAAGUAUGACCCUCCCAUUAAUCGCAAUGGUUUUGUUCAAAAUGAAUAA